AACAUAAGAAAUCUUACAUUAAUUGUUGUUCGAUCACUAAUUAUCAAAGAUCGAAUUUUUUCCACAAACCCAAUUAAUUAAUGGAAUUAACCUCAGCUCCUAUUGUGAUGGUUGAUGAUCGAUUUGUUUGCAAACAAGAAACUCACUUUACAGUCCUGAAAACCUCUCUGUUCUUCGCCGGAGACGGCUUCACUGCCUAUAAUCCCCAAGGAAAACUCGUCUUCCGGGUCGACUCCUACGGCGGUCCCGACACGGCUGAUAAAGGUCAAGUCGUCCUUAUGGAUGCUUCCGGCUCCUGUCUCCUCACCGUUCGUAAAAAGAGGGGGAGUCUGCAUCACAGAUGGGAGGGGUACCGUGGAGAAGGAAGCGAAGGGAAGAAUGCGAUUUUCAGCGUUCGAAAAUCAUCGAUGAUUGGGCGGUGCGACGUGGAAGUGGACGCAUAUGGCCCUGCAUUGCACCGCCCAUUUCUAAUCGCGGGUUGCUUUGCGAACCGUCAUAGCACGAUAGUUGACGUGGGAGGAGGACGGACGGUUGCAGAGAUUCGCCGGAAAGUGGAUUCUUCGACAAAGAUGGAGUUAGGGAAGGACGUGUUUUCUAUGUGUGUAAAGCCAGGAUUCGAUGGGGCAUUCGCCAUGGGCUUAAUGUUGGUUCUUGAUCAAAUCAACGCUAAUAACCAUUUUAUUGUAAAAUAA